AUGGGGCUACACGCAUGCGCAUCUUCGCCUAAAGCCCUUGUCCGCUCACCGCGCCUGCGUGCCUCAGGCUCCGCGUUCUGUCGGGGGCAAGGCCGCUCUCUGACAGAAGGGGGCGAUCGCCAGCUAUGGCGGGCCCUAACACCUGCAAUGGCGGGUGGUGGCCCUGGAAAUCACUGUCUUCCCUCUUGGCCCUUUUUGUCGGCAGAUCUCUAUAACUGAAGGACUCAUAACCCUUCUUUUUCUGAGGACCCUCAGGCUCUGAUCGGCCUGAUUGAUUCCCUCCUCUUUUCACAUCAGCCCAUUUGGGAUGAUUGUCAGCAGCUCUUACAGGUACUCUUUACCGAGGAAAGACAGCAUAUCCUCUUGGAGGCCAGGAAGAACAUCCCUGGGACAGAUGGAAGACCUACACUCCUGCAAAAUGAGAUAGAUGCAACAUUUCCACUGACCAGACCAGAUUGGGAUUUCAACACUCCAAAUGGAAGGGAGCACUUGAAAGUUUAUCGUCAAUCUCUAAUGGCAGGUCUCCGAGAGGCUGCAUGGUGCCGCACUAAUUUGGCCAAGGCAAGAGAGACGGUCCAAGGGCCUACUGAAUCCCCCUCAGUCUUCCUAGAAUGGGUGAGGGAGGUGUUUCACCCGUUCACGCCUUAUGACCUGUUGUCUGAUGAGCAUAAAGCAACAGUGACAGUAGCCUUUAUUGACCAAUCUGCCAGUGAUAUUAAGAAAAAGCUGAAGAAGUUAGAUGGAUUACAAGACAAGUCUUUGAGAGAUUUGGUGCAGGUAGCUGAAAAGGUGUUCUAUAACAGAGAGACUGAGGAAGAGAGAGAAGAGAGAAAGCACAAAGAGCAGGAAGCUAGGGAACUAUAGAAAGAAAAAAGACAGGAAAAGAACUUGACUAGAAUUUUGGCCACAGUAGUUAGAGAAAGUCGAGAGCCAAGUGAGAGAGUACUGGGCAACUGAAGGAGGCCUUUGGAUAAGGAUCAGUGUGCCUAUUGCAAAGAGAAAGGGCACUGGGCAACAGGUUGCCUGAAGAAAAGGCGGAAUGGGCCCCACCAAGCCAGAGAGGAACCCCCACACCACAAAAUACUGGCCCUGGAUGAGGACAGUGACUAGGGAGGACGGGACUCGGACCCCCUCCCUGAGCCCAGGGUAACCUUGAGAGUGGAGGGGAAGCCCACUCAGUUCUUGGUGGACACUGGGGCUCAACAUUCAGUCCUUCUACAAACCAUGGGCCCAUUGUCUGACAAGAGGUUGUGGGUCCAGGGAGCUACUGGCAAUAAACAAUAUUCAUGGACCACCCGAAGGACAGUGGACCUCGGCGUGGGCUGGGUGUCCCACUUGUUCUUAGUCAUUCCAGAAUUCCCCUACCCUCUCCUGGACAGAGACCUGCUUACAAAGGUUGGAGCCCAGAUCCACUUCCUCCCAGAGGGCCUCCAAGUAAAAGAUAGACAAGGAAAUAUGUUGCAUGUGUUGACUGUAAAACUCAAGGAUGAAUACCGCCUCUUUGACCACCCAAAAGAGAAUCCCGGAGAUAUGGACUGGUGGCUGAACCAGUUUCCACAAGCAUGGGCAGAAAUCCCAGGCAUGGGUGAGGCUAAGAACCAGCUAGUGGUCCACACUGAGCUAAAAGCCUUGGCCACUCUAGUAACAGUCCAUCAGUAUCCAAUGAACAAGGAAGCCCAAGAUGGAAUUAGACCUCAUAUCCUCAGAUUGCUAGUUUUGGGGAUACUUAAAAGGUAUCAGUCAGCAUGGAACACAUCCCUGUUUCCAGUACGAAAGCCAGGUACCAAUGACUACUGGUACCUGAUCACUGUGCAAGAUCUCCGUGAAGGUUUGGUGGUGACUGCUCCUCGUGCAUUGGAGAGCGUCAUCCGCCAGCCCCUCAAUCGUUGGCUCACUAACACCUGGAUGACUCACUACCAGACUUUGCUACUAAAUUCAGACAGGAUCACUUUCAACCCGGCCAGUGGGCUGAACCCAGCCACCUUGCUGCUGGACUCGAAUAUCGGAGCACCAACCAAUGACUGCCACCAAGUGCUUGUGGAGGCACAUGGCUGGCAAAAGGACUUGAGUGAUCAGCCUCUGGAGGAUGCUGAGGUAACCUGGUAUACAGAUGGUAGCAGCUACCUCGAAAAUGGGAAAAGGAAGGCCGGGUCCACAGUGGUGGAUCAACAAAAAGUAAUAUGGGCACAGGCACUACCCGAGGGUACCUCUGCCCAGAGGGCUGAACUGAUAGUGCUGACAGAAGCUCUAGAAUUGGGAAAAUAUAAGAAGGUUAAUAUUUACACAGAUAGUAGAUAUGCCUUCACUAUGGCCCACAUCCAUGGGGCUAUCUACCAGCAGCGAGGGCUCCUCAUGUCAGCUGGAAAAGAAAUUAAGAAUAAGACUGAGAUUUUAGAGCUACUUAGGGCACUACAUCAGCCCUCUAUAGUGAGUGCAUCCACUGGACUGGCCACAAAGAGGGACCUCAGCUGUUGCAAAAGGAAAUAA